AUGGCCGCAGAAACAACAGAAUUCACCACCAAGGAGGUGGCAGCACACUGCGAACGCAAGGACUGCUGGAUGACGAUUCGUGGCGAGGUUUACGACCUUACAAAAUAUUUAGACGACCAUCCAGGAGGUGUAGACAUCCUGCUGGACGUGGCUGGCAAGGAUGGGACCCAAGCCUUCGACGACGCCGGCCACUCGGAGGAUGCCGAAGAGAUCAUGGCGACAUACCACAUCGGCAAGCUCAAGGGCAACUCCAAGACAGCAACAGUUUCAAAGGCGGUGCGGUUAGCUGUCAAGGCCGUGCCAGACCCACAGACAGCCAAGAGAAGCAUACCAACCGCUGCAGUCGGCGGCACGGUGGUGUCUCUUGGUGCUCUGACCGGAGUCCUGCUCGGCCUACAAAAAGCAGACCUAUCAGCCCUGUCAAAAGUGAUUAAAGUAAGCCAGGCACAUGGUUCUUCUGCUAGCACAAGGGGAGGGCUGGGUUUUGCGGAAGGUUUCUUCCUGGCCUCCACUGUUGCUCUUCUCGUAGGCGGCUGGGGUGUCAGGAAAGCCUCCCAACUGCUCAGCAUGGACGGGUUUUUACACCGCGAGGCACCACACAAGAAGAUCCCCCGUGUCGCCAGGGCAGACCCCCUCCUCUCGCGAGGCUGGCUGGACCCACAGACAUUCCAUCCUCUCCCCCUCAUCAAGAAAGAGCUGGUCGCGCCCAACGUCUACAGGCUCGUCUUCGAGCUGCCCACGCCAGACACCGUGCUCGGCCUGCCCAUAGGCCAACACGUCGCGAUCAAGGCCACGAUAGACGGCGCGACUGUCUCGCGAUCCUACACGCCUGUGUCGAACAAUGCCGACAAGGGCAUCCUCGAUCUUAUCAUCAAGGUCUACCCCGACGGCCUCCUGACGGGCAAGUACCUUGCCAACCUCUCGGUCGGCGACGAGGUUCUGUUCAGGGGGCCCAAGGGCGCGAUGAGGUACAGGAGGGGCCUCUGCAAGAAGAUCGGGAUGCUUGCUGGAGGCACAGGCAUCACGCCCAUGUACCAGCUGGUCCGGGCCAUCUGCGAGGACCCGAGGGACGCCACCGAGGUCAGCUUGAUUUAUGCCAACCGGACAGAAGGGGAUAUCCUCCUGCGGGAGGAGCUCGAGACGUUUGCGAGGCGGUACCCGAACAACCUGAAGAUUCAUUAUCUUCUUGACAGCCCGCCUGAGAACUGGACCUACGGCACUGGAUUCGUCACCAAGGAGCUCAUGGCGGAGAGAUUUCCCAGUCCUCAAGAGGAAGGGUCCAAGGUCUUGCUAUGUGGGCCUCCAGGGAUGGUGAAUGCUGCGAAGAAGGCGCUGGUGGAUUUGGGAUUCGAAAAGCCUGGUGCGGCGUCGAAAAUGACGGACCAAGUCUUUUGCUUUUAG